AUGCCGCCAGCAGUCAGCAAAGAAGCCGGUCAGCCCGGGUACCUCAUCGACCGUAGAUAUAGGGACCGCGACCCCGAUUAUAUGAGAAAGCUCCACCUCUAUCGUCAGCGCAAUGCAACCUCCCUCGUCUACUACCGCCUUGGAAAACAAAGGCUGUGGGAAGAGGAGUGCGAUCAACCUGAGCUAUGGAGAAACUACGACCUUCCCCUGCCGGGCAAGGCUCCCGGCCACGAAAAUGACAAGCAGAAAAACUCAAUGAUAAACAUUCAGAGUCUUCCCAAGUUUGACCUGGGAGACAAAGGUGUGUCCAAUUUACCCGAGGAGAUCCAGAAGGAACUCGAAAACAUUCCCUUGUACAUCGUCUCGCCGCAGGCGCAAAUUGGCUUCAGAAAGUUCCUUGGGUUUGGUGGGAACGGGCUCGCUGCCAUGUACACGAUCCAGGACUUGAAGGGCCGGACCAGAGACGUGGUCUUCAAGUACGCGUUGAAUGCUAUAUCGGGCAAUGAGCUGGAAAAUGAGAAGCAGAUGCACCGAUAUCUGGCACGGGCACGACAUAUCACACAAAGGGUUUACUUGCGCCCUCCGGAAAGAAAGAAAAACACGGCACCAUUACCAGGUGUUGAUCCGCGGGUCGUGGCUGGAGGACUUGUGUCAAAGGCCGGAGGAGGACUCGUAUCAAAGGCUGGAGGACUCGUGUCGAAAGCUGGACCAUCGAGAAGGACCAUCACACCGACACCUGCCCCACCACCGGCGCCGCCCCCGGACGAUGAUCCGGAUGGCAGCACCGAUACAGACGAUGGCACGGGGGCUAAAGGCUAUCCUGUACAGGCCUUUCAUCACUGGAACUAUCCUCAGGACAGGACGGUCGAGAGGAGCAACAUUGGGAAAGUGGACGACAAUGGUCCGACUCUCAUCCUGGAAAUGAUGCGGAGGGGCGGUCUCGAAAGCUGGAUUGGCCGGAUGAGCCUGCUCGGACAAGCGUUACCAGAAAAGGUACUAUGGCUGAUAUUCGACUGCUUGUUGAAGGCCGCUCUCGCUCUGGCCUACCCCCCACGGUUCCAAGAGGAGCUAUAUAAUAGCACUCAUCGCCACCUGGGAAAGUAUCCCAUCAACGAAAUCCUCCCCCCCAGCGAGUACGAAAUGAGCCCAGACUUGGUUCAUUUCGACCUCGAUGCGACAAAUCUGUGUGUUGGCGACUUUGCGGACAAUGACUCGGAUAUCACUCACACGAUGGUGCCCAUCAUAAAGCUCGCAGACUUUGGAAUGACAACUUUCAUGAGGAAUGCAAUGCGGAACGAUCCCAAGCUGAUGCACAUAUCCCGGCCAAGAGGUAAAUAUUGGUUGGGAUGGCUGUUACCAGAGCAGUUUACCGAGGAGUGGGACUACAUCACGGGAUUCCUACCCGCUGAAGAAACAGACCCGGAAAAGAAGUCUAGUAUUGCCGGCAAAUACUCGUACAAAACCAACCUCUAUCAUGUUGGUCUGGUUAUGUGGGGGCUGAUAACACUUCGCAAACUGCCCUUUUCUCCAGUACCAUAUGAGUGCUUUGAGAAGGAGGUCACCGAUCCGGAUACUGGCAACCCUGUUUUGGACCCCAAAACCGGUCAACCCAAAAUGAGGAAGCUCUGGGGCUAUGGUGGUUAUCUCCAAGGCAAAAUAUGGGACGGGAUCUAUGACCGUGUGCUGCUCGACCUCGUUGUCGCCUGCAUGCUAGAAGAGCCUGAACAACGACCAGCAUUUCACGAGUUAAAACAAGCGAUUGAUCGUGAGGUGAAGUCGGAAUGGGAAUGGCAGAGGAACGCCGAUGUGCGUAAGUGGUGCGAGCAGUUCUUUAACGAGCCAGCUGGCGAAGCGCCCGUUGUCCCCAUUGUCCCGGUUGCAAACCCGGCACCGGUUCCAGUACCUCCAGAACCUGAACCAGCAGCCGAGUCGGCUCAGCAACCGCAACAGCCUCCUCCUCCACCACCACCACCACCACCAACACCUACUGCUCCUCCUGCUCCUCCUGCUCCUCCGCCACCUCCGCCACUUCCGCUUGCUCCCGACCUGACAACCCCCCAAGCACCCCAACAACCCCAACAACCCUUUGCCAGCACACCCACCCGCCGCCCCGGGCGCCAAACAACCAGACUCGUCCGCCGCCACAACCCCAUAGACCCAACCCAACCACGAGCCAAACUCCUCCGCCGCAAACCCGAAACCCAAGGCGAAUCCUCCCGCACCCCGCAAGCCCACAUCCCCGCGGUCCCCAUCCCUUAA